AGGCGCCUUACUAGCAAAUACUCACUGAGACAGAGCGCAUUAUCAUCCCGCCCACUUUACCUUCACUUCCUACUUGAUCAUCUCUUGGUGACCGCUCGAGAAGACAAACAACACCAUGGUCAUCGAAAAGUCACCUACCAUCAUUGCGCCUGGUCAGAAGGGUAUCCGAAAACCGAAACCGGAUAUCGAAGGCCACUCGCCCUCCACCUACAAACAACAUCACGGGGGCAGUCUUGGAAGCUACAUGAGAGGUGCUCUGGGCUUCUUGCUUAUCCUCCAUGGACAAACCACCGGCGUGGCAGCCCAAAGCUUCAACUCAACUCGCCUCCCUACAACGUUCGUCUCAAAGGCUCCUAUCGUGAGUCCCACUUCGAAGCCUCCUCCUGCUGUUGCUCCUACGUCGAAGCCUCCUCCCGCUGUCAGUCCUACAUCGAUCGCCUCCUCUGUACCUAUACCCCCUAGCUCUACGAUAAAGGGCACUACAUCGAUCGCCUCCUCUGUACCUAUACCCCCUAGCUCUACGAUAAAGGGCACUUCGCAUCCGACCUCGACCCCGCCAAACCCGACCCCUAUACCGAUUGUCAUCACCAACAGCUGCCCUGAUACGAUAUGGCCCGGGAUUGGUACGCAGAAUGGUAUCGGGCCUGUAGUUGGCGGCUUCGAGCUUGCUCCUGGCGAAACGAAGCCACUGUUUGUCAGUCCCGACUGGCAAGGCAGGGUAUGGGGACGGACCAACUGCUCGUUCAACGACGAGGGAACGGGACCGAGCAACCUCAACGGCGUGAAUGGGAACGGCGCAGCGUGCAUGACAGGAGACUGCUUUGGUAGGCUUAACUGCGAGUUUACGGGCCAAGUCCCAGUAACCCUCGCCGAAUUCAACUUGAUCGGCGGAAUAAACUCCGACCAGACCUUCUACGACAUCUCUCUCGUCGACGGCUACAACCUGCCCCUCGGCAUCAUCUACAUCCCCGCCGCCAACACAACCUGGAUCCCUCCAAACCUAACCAACUGCGUCUGCAUCGCCUCAGCCGGCUUUCUCGACCCGCCCUCUAGAUCAGGGCUCUACUACACCAACAAGACCUUCCCCAUCCCCUGGGAACCGGACCAAACCAACCCCACCGUCGGCGGCUGGUGUCCCUGGGACCUGCAAAAAUACCCGCCCUCGAAGCCGGGCGACGGCAUCUACCCGUACCCGGACGACUCGAUCCAGCGCCCCGUCUUUGACCCGUGCCUGUCGGCCUGUGCGGCGACGGGGAACCCCGAGGAUUGCUGCACGGGCGAGUACGACGAUCCGAGCGUUUGUACCCCGAGUCUGUACAGCGAGAACGCGAAGACGGUGUGUCCGGACGCGUACAGCUAUGCGUUUGAUGAUCAGACCAGCACGUUCAUUAUUCCUAAUGGAGGCGGGUGGGAGGUGGUGUUUUGUCCGAGGGGCAGGAGCACGAACAUUCUGAGGAUCUUUGGGGAAGAGUUGAGGACGAUAGCCAGUGGUGGGGGACUGACGAGGGAGAUUUUGGAGAGGGUGCAGAAUCGGACGUAUAUUGAGAGUGUUAAUCCGAAGGGGUCGAGUGGUGCGGGGAUGACUAUCCGGCCAAGUCUGGGGGCGUUGGGGGUUGUACCCCUUCUUUAUAUGGCUGUCGUCCUCUUUUGAUGAGAAGCUGGGCUUGUUUUGCUCACCUUGUUAAGCAGUUGGAGAGUGUCCUAGAGGUUGAAGAUCCCUUUGUUGACAUGACAUUAUACCCCUAUUUUCUUCAUGGCUUGGCGUUCGACACGCUCUUUUGUUUUUCUCUUUGGCUUUGGUUAUCACCUGCUUGGACCUGUUGAGUUCUAUACUGCAUGCUGGAUUGAAACUGAAUGGUUUGGUAAGGAUGGGAACUAGAGGUUGAUAGAUGUUGUUUUGUACUACCUACCUAGUCUUAUACCCUAAAAGACUCUUUUAUCACC